GAAUCCAGGUCCCCAGGGCCCAGGAAGGGAGGACGCUGAGGGCCAGAAGCCCGGUCCUGGGCUCUGAAAGCCAGAUGGUGAGGAUGGACUUGGCUAGGGUGGAUGCUGGAAUGAAGGUGUCUGUAAAGGUCACCGUCCCUGUGACGUCAUGGAGAGGUAGGCGGGUCUCCCUUUGUUGUGGUCCAAUCAGAAGCAGAGUUGAGAUUCUGGGCGUGGCCAAAGAAAGCCCUAGGAAGUACUUUCUCAGAAUUGGGAUCUCCAAUGGGGACUUGACGGGAGUUCCUGGUGGAACCGGGACCUCCCGUGACACAAACCCUUUGGAAAAGCUGUCGACUUCACGCAGCCAAACUGUCCCUCACAAAACCUGAGUUACAGUCGUGGGAAAUAUUAAGGCAGAAGGACGCGGCACCGGUUCCUCACAGUCUGAAUGGGAUCCUGAGUGAAUCCUGGGUUUGAGGGCACAGGUCAAGGAUCAAGGUCGGAGAGGGGCCAAGUCAUCUACUCUGUCGGGCGUGAGAGGACCCUCCUGGUGUUUUCUCUACCGAGUGCUCAGGCCUCAAUGGGGCCGUGUUUUGUGCUCCUGUUGGCUGCACUGGCCUGCUGCCUGAUUCCAGCAAGCUGUUGUGUCACAUGUGAGCCGUCAGUCAUGGAAGCAGUAAAGUCCUUGGAGAAGGAUUACUUGCCUGGACACCUGGAAGCCAAAGACCAUGAAAAAGUGAUGGAUAUGGUAUACAAUACUUUGAAAGAUUUUCAGGACCGGCCGUUCAUCGAGGGUUCCUAUGCAGGAAUCAUAGAUAAGAACUCAUUGGAAGAGGUAUCCCGGACUUUGCUGAAGGAGCUGAAACGCAUCACAGACAGUAAUGUAAAAGGGGACCAAUUUGUGAAGCAGCUAUACCAGAUGUUGGAGAAGGAAAAGGCCAAAUUUGCCCAGUAUGCUGCUCAGUUCCAGAAGAAAGAUUAUUGUCCCAACAAAUGUGGCCUGAUGUUGCAGCGUCUGUUAUGGUGCCCAGAAUGUAGGAUAGGAAAUUACCAUUGUUGGAAGUCCCUGGACUGUGGGGAGCGCCUGGUGAAGGUCCAUGAAAAGGAAAACCUGACCUUGAACUGUCUAUUCGAGUGGCACCUUAUUGCUCAAGAACUCACAGACUACAAAUUCGAAAGGAUUUGGGAGGAUGGUUCUGAGACGUUGCUGUAUCAGGGAAAGAACCCCAUGUUGACCAUUCUUUCAUUGACUCCAGAUAAUUCUGGUUCCUACCGCUGUGAACUGGGUUCGGUGAGCUCUGGCCCAUCCACGAUCAUUCAUUAUCUCGUCACAGUUUUGCCCCCAAAUGCUACAGAGGAGUCACCAACAACAAGCAUCCUCUUUGGGAGUGAGACAGAGUCAGGGACACAAGGUGCAAAUGUCACUGGUGAGACCAGUCCAGCCGUCCCUGGUGGGACAGGCCCAGCUUCCCCAACGGUCCAGGGUGAGACGGGCCCAGGGGUUCAGGGUGAGACAGCCCCACUCCAGGGUGAGACGGGCCCAACAGAACAGGGUGAGAUGGGCCCAAACCAGGAAGAUACGGGCUCAACAGAACAGGGUGAGACUGCCCCACUCCAGAAUGGUAUGGGGUCACUGGCCCAAGGUGAGACGGCCCCUCAAGUCCAGGGUGAGACGGCCCCACUCCAGGGUGAGAUGACAUCUCCAGACCUGGGUGAGACGGCUCCAGUUGAGGCUGAGACAGCUCCACUUGAGGCUGAGACAGCCCCACUUCAGGGUGAGACGACCCAGCCGGCCCAGGGUGAGACGACCCAGUCGGCCCAGGGUGAGACGACCCAGCCGGCCGAGAGUGAGACGACCCAGCUGGCCCAGGGUGAGACGACCCAGCUGGCCCAGGGUGAGACGACCCAGCCGGCCCAGGGUGAGACGACCCAGUCGGCCCAGGGUGAGACGACCCAGCCGGCCGAGAGUGAGACGACCCAGCUGGCCCAGGGUGAGACGACCCAGCUGGCCCAGGGUGAGACGACCGAGCCAUUCCAGGUGGAGACUGCCCCACUGCAGGGUGAGAUGGCUCCAGGUGAAGGUGAGAUGGCCUCCCAGUUCCAGGGUGAGACAAACCAGGUUGAAACAGCACCACUGGAGGAGGAGACAGCCCCGCCAUUCCAGGGAGAGACUGCCCCACUGCAGGGUGAGAUGGCUCCAGGUGAAGGUGAGUCGGCCUCCGAGGUCCAGGGUGAGGCAGCUCCACCAAACCAGGAUGAAAUGGCACCAUUCGAAGAGGAGACAGAACUAGGUGAUUUUGAAAUGGGCCAACCACUCCAGAAUGAGAUGGCCCCAGGACAGGGUGAGAUGACUCCCUCAGAACAGGUGGAGACUGCCCCACUGCAGGGUGAGAUGACUCCCCCAGGCCAGGGUGAAACUGCCCAGUUCCAAGGUGAGAUGGCCACACCAGUCCAGGGUGAGACAUCUGCAGCUCAGGGUGAGACUACCUCACCAAUCCAGGCCGGGAUGGCCCAACUCCAGAAUGGGGCAGCCCUAGUCCAAGAUGAGACAGCCCCAUUCCUGGGAGAGACGGCCGCACUUGUAGGUGACAUGGCUCCACUUGAGGAGACCUCAGUACGCCCGAAUCCAGGAGAAUUGGAGUCUUCGACCACGAACCAACAGCCUGAGCAGGCCAAGGGUGUGCAGCAAGGCCAAAACCUUGGGCUGAUCAUCGCUUUACCUCUACUCCUGAUACUAGGCCUUAUUCUUUGGUGAGUCACUGCAGAGAGUGGCAGGACCUGGAGGGAGAGGUGGGGCUUCCUACUGCCCAAUACUGGAGCAGUUGGCAGAGCCACUGAGGUUUCCCGAGAGCUGGUGGGAAUUACAGCGUGGGGGGCUUACCUAGGAGGGCCAGGCUUUGAGAGUUGUUUGAAUAGGUCAGCUCUGUGGGGCUGGGAGUUGGGGAGUGGGUCCCAACUGCUUUCUACUUAACAUGGUUCCAUGAUUUGCAAAUCUCAACCCAUUCAAUUUCCCUCAGGAUAAUUUACUGGCGACAAUCAAAAGAGAAACCCAAGACCUCAGAUGAGAGCCUUGAAAAUACAGCUUCUUAGCCGUCAAAGACAAUGGCCUCAAAAGAGAAAAAUAAUUAAAUAUAUGUCUUGUUAUCUAA